AUGUCGAACCUGGCCCCAAAACCAGUGCAAGCUUUGUCCACAUCUUCCAAGACAAACACUUCACAGCACUCGUUCACCAUGCGGAGAUACCUCGACGAAAGAGAAAGUUCUCAGCCCGCUCUUCGAAUCCCGAACGAACAAGCCGAACGACAGGACCGCAUCAAGAAUGCGCUUGAAAAGUCGUCUUAUCGAGUGUCCGAAACGGGAUCUCGGCAGCAAUAUCUAAAAAAAAUGAUUAACCCAGCAGUCGAAGGUUGUGAUCUAGUUCAAUGCAGGCUUUGGGGAGACUUGAUCCCAUUUGAUGAAGGGAAAGUUAACGCAAUAGGUUAUCGUAACGCGUCCUCCGCAAACCCCAUGGCCUUCCCUGGAGUGGUUAAGCAAAAUUUUGAAAUGCACCGCGAUGAAUAUCCGAAGCUCUUCAGACGAUUUAAGGGCGACAACGACAUAUCCAUGAAAACGUUACGAAUGACUGAAGGUACAGCCCAACUGAGAAUCCGAGAUUGUGAUAGAGGUGGAAGAGGAGGUACACUUUGUAUGAUCGUUAUUGAGCUCGUGGUUCACAUCCAGCGAAUUUUGCCGGCCUCCUCUUUAAUCAUCAUUGCGCAAACUCCAGCAUUCUAUCUGAGGACGAAAGUUAGCGAUGCGGUAUGCAGCUACUGGAUGAACUGCCGUAGCGAUUGGUAUUAG